CGCUCGCCGUACUUUCACAUGACUUCCACUGCGUGUGACUGACCUGCAUUCCUCAAGUCUCCCCUCACACUGCUUCAUUUUAAUGUCCAGAGCAACACAAACGGCGGUCUGACCAACCUCUGGCCUCUGCUGUGGGGUUUAACAUGUAAAUCUGGUAUUUAUAGCAGACAGCUGAUCGUUUCCGGUCCGAAGGAGCAUUUGUAACUUCCGAGUGAAAUAUUUACUUCUACUUUUUAGUCAGAGGAAACCUUCAGGUGGCUUAAAAUACAUGGAUGCAAGAUAAACUGAUGGCUGAGCUUAUGCCGCCGGACCCAAGAAGGUGUAAUUACUUCUUCCUCUACGAUGGAUCCAAGGUCAGAGGAGAGGGCGACCUUACCAGAGAGGGGAUCUGCUACUUCUACCCCGAGGAGACCCUUUUAGAGAAGCAGGAGCUGCUCUGCAGUCAGUUUGCCGGCGUGGGUCGCUGUGUGUCCGAGCUCUCCUCAUCUCCUGUGCAGACACUCAGGCUGCGGCACAACAAGUUCGCCAUCCGCAUGAAAGAUGACUUCUUAUGGGCUCUGGGCUGCUCGGUGGACGUGCCGACUGUCAGCGUCUGUGAGCUCCUGGAUCAGCUAAUAAACCUCUUUUGUUUCUACAACGGCUCGGUGCGCCAGAGCUACCAGCUCAACAGUCAGGAGACUCUGGCGGCUCGGUGGGCUCGGUACCUCUCAUACCUGCAGUCAGGAUCCUCAGAGAUGUGUCACAUCUUCAGCUGCUUGAAAACAAUCGACUCGACUAAUGUUGACCCACUUCUCCUGCUCAAAGCUGCCCUCAUUCUGCAGGCCUGUCAGCGCUGCCCUCUAGUGCUCGCAGGCUGUAUUCUCUUUAGAGGACGAGUUGUUAGCACGCAGAUGUCUCCAGAGCUCACGAUGAAGGUCAUGGUUCAUGAGAGUGAAACGUACACCAAGGGCCAAAGGCUCAAUGGACCGAGCACAUCCAGCUCGUUCGGUGGUGCUGUCAGCUCUACAACCGUGUACUUGACCAUGUCUGAACUCCAGUACCUGAAGUCUGCUCCCGUCGACAGAGAUUCCAGUUCACAUUCUACUCCUAACAAAAACGUCCCUCCGAAGAAGACCCGCCUGUCGAGGACUCUAUCCGACACGCCCUCUACAGAGUCAGAACCUUCUUACCCCAACUCGUCCCAGACACCCCAGAAGACGUCCUUCAGCCCUCACUUGUCAGGAUCAGAUAACUCAGUGUGCAGCCCGACUGCAUCACAAAGUGCAACUGAUUCUCUCAACCUGUCACUGCUGUCACUCAGGCCUCCUCUGUCCAAUGGAAAACACUGUCAUGAAGCUGAGGAGGAAGCGCUGGAGGAGUCGUGCUAUCACAGUUUUCACAACAACGGAGAUGGAAGCAGUCAGAUACAUAGUGAAGAAGACAGCUCGGUGUUUGAAGAAAAUUCUCAUCUGAACGGAGACGGUGACGCAGCUGGUGAGGCAGUGUUUGACUUCAGAGGGACUGAUUCUGGGAAUGAGCAGUCACAUGGCGGCGGUGGGACGGAUCAAGGCCGCAAGGCAGAGAUGAAAGAUCCUUCUCAUCUCUCAGGCGCUUUUGACGACUUAGAGCAGAGUCCGUUGGUGGACGUGACGCUGUACAUGCACCGGGUGAAGGGCCUGGUGCUGGCUCUGCUGGUGGAGCCUCAUUUCUUGAGCGACGCAGUGUCUAUGGAGGAAGUGUAUCACAGCAGCCUGGCUUCACUCAAUGGACUGGAGGCCCAUCUGAGGACCAUCUCUCCAGGGGCCCCCGGUGCUCCAGGACCCUACGUCUUUGCCCAUUUUGACUGCAUUCAGAGCACACUGACAAGUAAGAGCCCUGUAAUGUACUCUCAUGCAUCUCUCUAUAUUCACUCUUUGGUGCUUCCCAAACUUUCCUCUGCACCUUUUUUCAUCUCUGAUCUUUCUAAAAAUUCUCUCUUUUCCAGUUCCCCUGCUUUCCCUUUUUCUGCUACAGUGAGCAUAAGCCCUGCCAACCUGUCUGGCCGACCAGGGGGAGCCCCGGAGCAUCCUUUUGUCAGAGCCACAUCACUCCUUCACUCGCAUUUCUGUAACACUGAAACUCUGCAGGAGGCUAUUAUCAGGAGCGCCGGUGCUGCUGUGUAUGGAACCCGCAGCGUGGCUCAGGAGACUUACUUCCAGCAGCACGGAGGAUCACUGAGGAACUCGGGCAUCCCUAACCACCAAGACAGUGCCUUCUCGCUGCCCAGCAAGGCCCGACACAGACUGAUGAAACACGGGGUUAACCUGCUCUGACCGACAGCAUCAUGGCACCUGCUCAGUGUUCAAGAGGAGUUCCAGUCAAAAAUCUAAACACCUGUGCUGUGAGUAGCCUUAAAAAGUUAAUCUGAAAGCUCUGACUGAGGGAAUUUUAAAAGCUUCCUCUGUUUUGCAGCAGCUGUGGGUGACGUGUGCGAACUACACCAUGACUAUAGGGGUAGCUCACUUCUUUGACUUUUUUGUGGUUAAAAACAACAAACAUGGUUUUUAUAAGGCACUGAUUUAGCUUUGAUUUAUCAUUAUUCAUGUUAAUAAGAAUAUGAAAAAAAGAAUCAGAAAACAUAUCAAGAGGAGCCUGCUUUGAGCUUUGGUCUUCUGUUUUGUUUUGUUUUUUAAAGUUGUUAAAAGUGAGUUUAUGAUGUUGACCGCCACACUUCUAUGGUGAUGGAACAGCACACAUGUUGGUAUCUUUUGAAUCAGUGACUAAUCACAAAGUCCAUGAUGGUAAUAAUAUCAAAAAAUCAGAAGUCCAACUCCAAAUGGUUGCUCUGUAGUUCACACACUGCUGCAACACAUAGUCUGAUACUAGAAUGUAAUGCGCUGUAAAACAUUUAUGGUACUCACAUUCUGAGAAGAAUUAGAUUUCCUUUAUUAUUUUGGAUCUUGACGAUAAAUUUGCCAAGACAGACAGGAAGGGCGUUAAAGGUGAUUGGAAGUCGAUUCUUCACGUCUUCACAUUCUUUUAUGCUAAAGGAAUUGCCAUUACAUCUAGACAUCUAUAAUUUUGACGUAAUAAACUCAUGUUAAUGCACUACACCCUCUCUCCUAAAUGAUGCUUCUGCAAUGCAGCAAAUAUAAUGUUGCUCAUGUUUUUGUUUUUGCUUUUAAUAUGAAGUUUAGUCUAUGGCAAGAUAAAAUGUUUGCCAGUUUUGACUUAUUUAUACAGAAUCUCUCUUUUCUUUUGCUGAAUCUAGAGCAGUUUUUCUAUAAAUGUCUCCAUUUCAAAUCAGCCAUUUGGUAAGGAAAACGUGUUGUUUAUCCAUUUGUUUAUUAAAGCUACUCUUUUUUUAAUUUGAGAGUGUCAUAUGUUUAAAAAAAAAGUGUAUUAAACAUUUGCCAAGAAGAGAUUUACUGUGAAUUCCUGCGUUAUUAAAUGAUUACAUGAUCCACUCA